GAUUACUCUCACAUGAGAGAAUGAUCUGCUUAAGCAACGUCAACGUCAACUUCCUUGACAUGUUACUUGUGACUAUAAAGCAAUUAUACUGGUGUUUUUUCUAAGAUGAAAUAACUUCACAAUGUGGUCAUUUUUCAGCCGUGAUCCCACGAAGGAUUUUCAUUACGACAUUGGAGAAAAAGUUUUAGGGCUCGAAGACAAAUCUAUUUGGACGUUACAUCAAGGGAAGAAAAAGAGUACCGGAGAUCCUGUUUCUAUUUUUGCUUUUGAUGUUAAGGGAGCAAGUGAUACCCAGGUCCAGACUGCAAAAUCUUCUUUGAAGAGAAUCAAAACCCUGCGCCAUCCCAACAUUUUAACUUUCCUGGAUGGAGUGGAAACAGAUAAGGUCAUCUACUUCGCCACAGAACCUGUGAUACCUCUAGAGACUUACCUAAGAGACCAUGACAGUGAAGGCCACAAUGAAGUGGCCAUAUCUUGGGGUCUCCACCAGGUUGUGAAAGGUCUGUCUUUUCUAGUCAACGACUGCAGUCUCAUCCACAACAAUGUGUGCAUGGCAUCGAUAUUUGUGGAUCCUGCAGGAGAGUGGAAGCUGGGUGGGGUGGACUAUAUGUACCCAGCGCAGGGGCCUGACAGUGUCCCACCCAUGAAGAUAUUGCCUUUGCUGGAAAGAUAUGACUCACCUGAAAAGACAGAGGGCCGGAAAGUAAAAUCAGAGAAGUGGUCUGCUGAUAUGUGGGGUCUGGGAUGUUUGAUUUGGGAAGUUUUCAAUGAGAGUUUACCUCGCACUGCAGCUCUCAAGUCACCUGGGAAGAUCCCCCAGAGCCUCAUCCCAAAUUACUGUGAGUUGGUUGGAGCAAAUCCCAGGUCCAGGCCUAAUCCUGCAAAGUUCAUAGAAAGCUGCAGACAGCGCGGAGGUUUUAUGCAUAACACCUUCGUUGACUCCAUGUUGUUUCUGGAGGAAAUUCAGAUCAAAGACCAGGCAGAGAAGAAUAAAUUCUUUGCCAGUUUGACUCCAUCUCUCGACUCAUUUCCGUCCGCAUUCUGUCGCAACAAGAUUUUGCCUCAGCUUCUCAAUGCCUUUGAGUAUGGGAAUGCUGGCUCAUCAGUAUUAGCUCCUAUGUUUAAGAUUGGAAAACACUUGGACACAGAGGAGUACCAGAAAAAGAUUGUCCCUUGUGUUGUCAAACUGUUCUCCUCACCGGACAGAGCUACUAGGGUCAAACUGCUGCAACAGAUUGAGUUCUUUGUGGAGCACCUACAGCCGGGCACUGUCAACGACCAGAUCUUCCCCCAUGUUAACAGUGGCUUCAUGGACACAAACCCUAUGGUCAGGGAGAGUACAAUCAAGGCAAUGUUGCAUUUGGCUCCAAAACUAAACUACAAGAACCUUAAUGAGGAGCUCAUGAAACAGUUUGCUCGUCUUCAAGCCAAAGAUGACCAGGGUGGCAUUAGAACAAAUACGACUGUAUGCCUGGGCAAGAUUGCGUGCUACAUCAAUCCUGCUAUGAGACAGAAAAUUCUUUGCUCAGCUUUCAUGAGAGCGGUGAAAGAUCCGUUCCCUCCUGCCAGACAGGCAGGAAUUUUGGGUAUUGCUGCCACUCAGAACUUCUAUCAGUUGAAUGAGGUAGCACUGCGUCUACUGCCAGCCCUGUGUGCAAUAACAAGAGAUCCUGACAAAGGGGUUAGAGACCAGGCUUUCAAAACUAUCAAAGGAUUUGUUUCGAAGCUGGAAAAAGUCUCUGAGGAUCCUGAUUUGGAGCAGGAAUAUGAGAAAGAAGUGAUGUCCGGCAACACAUCGGGUGCAGCAUCCUCUGGCUGGGCGGGCUGGGCAGUUACUGGCAUGUCCUCUCUCACCUCCAAGAUCUAUAACAAGUCCACACCAAAGCCUCAAGGAGGGGCUACCAAAACUCCUGAAACAUCAAGUGCAGGAAACCAACCAGCUUCCAAAUCGUCGUCCACACCCAGUGCUCCCUCAGCGGCAUCUGGACUCUCUGCCACAAGCAAGAAAUCUGACUUUGGCUUUCAAGAUCAAGAUGCUGAUGAUGAUGAUGAUGAUGCAGAAACCAAGAGUGAUGAUGAUGAACCUAAAGGCGGUGGCUGGGAUGAUGUUGAGGACUGGGGAGAUUUAGAUGAAUCCAGCAAAGGAGACAAUAUCACCAGUGCUGCUGAUGGUGGCGGAUGGGACGAUGAUGAGGAUUGGGGAAGCUUGGAGGAUACUGGUUUUUCAGCUAAGCCUGCUGCAAAGCCCUCAGAUCCUUUUGACAGAACAAAGCUAAAACCUGAAGAGGAUGAGUUUGUCUCUACCAGGGGCUCAGGUCUUCCUACCACUGGCUCGUACAACUGGGGCGGUGAAGAUGAACAAGGUGGUGACUUCUUCAACUCAGUGGUGAGUACCAAAAAACCAAGAUCGAAAUCCAGCACUCCGUCCCGCGACACACCCCCGAGACAGACGCCUCCAAGGGAUUCCCCGGCCAGAUCUAGUCCAGCAAGAAAAUCUCCCUCUCCAGCCCCUUCAUCGGCCCGCAAACUCAGCAAGCCGUCUACUGGCGCCUGGGAGGACGCGGGCUGGGGAGAUGACGCAUCGACUCAAGGAAUAGGAAGUGGCACAACAGGAAGUGGAGGAGGAACCAGCGGCUGGGAUGACGAUAGUGGUGGUGGCUGGGGAGGUGACGAGUGGGGUGGUCUUGAAGGUACCAGCUCCAGAGGUGGAGAGACAGAGGCUGAGAGACUUAAGAGGGAAAAGGCAGAGAAACGACAGCAAAGACAGAAAGAGUUGCAGGAAAAGAGAGAAGCCAGAAAGUCUAGUGGAGCCAUGAAACUUGGAGCCAAGAAAGUGCCAGACUUCUCAUGACAUGAUUUGACACGCCAAAGUUGAGAAUUUGUUGGAGGUUUUUUUUUGCUUUUUGGGUUGUAUCUCUGGUAUUUUUGGCAAAUUUAGCUAGUCUCUGACCCACAAUUUUGAUUGCAAUGCUGUGUGACGACAUCUGAAUGGACUCUUUGUGCAGGUCAAAAACCUUGUGUCUGUUUGUAUCAAAACCAGGGUGGCCAGAUUAUGUUUGUUGAUCAUCCACAUCUGAUGUGCAACUCUUAUUCUAUUCAGAGCGGAAAUUACUGGUGCGGUAGUGCAAAUUGUAUUGUUCAAACUUCAGCUGUAUUCGCUUGAAGAAAAGGAAAACGAUAUCUAUUUCUGUCUCUGGUUUGAAAGAGAUUGGGUCACAGAGAUGCAGAUUGAUAAAUCAACAGUCUUACAAUUAUCAUCCUGAGUAAAUAAGUAAGACACUGGUAGAAUCAAGAGGAAUAGCAGAGCAGUGAAUCUCUCUAAUCCUCUUGGGCGUACUCACCAUUUUCAUAGCAGUACAAUUACGCUUACAAGUCAACACUUGUUGAAAUCAGUUCACAUUACUUCGAUUUUGUGUGUAGACUCAAGUAUUCUACCAGUACUAGAUUUUCAGAUUUUCUAUGGAGAAGAACGAAUGCCUCUUCUGCUUUGCUCACUGCUCCGAGACUCAGGAGCUUGUUGUAUUUUUGUCUUUUACUCUUACUUAAUAAUAAUAAUGAUGAGAUUAGAUUCCAUUUACCUAGCAUGCUAUCACAUACAAGUAUAAGCUCUGAAGGCUUUACAUUGAUGACAUGAUUACUUACCUCAUUCACACAAGAAAAAACAUUUCUCGUAAACAACAAAGCUAGUUCAACGCUCACUAUAUUAUAAGGAAGAAUUUCCUCAGUGAUAAAUGAGUUAUAUACUCAAUGAGUUAUAUACUCAUAAGGACAGUUGUGAAAACAAGACAUAUCAGCACCCACUAACACACUCCACCUAAGACUUUAAUAAAUGAAUUUUAAGCAAUCGCUUUAAAAGUACUGGUAUAAGGAUUUGUUUCUCUCUAGUCCUGGGGCAAGGAGUUUGAAAUUUUAGGGUCAGAAAAUGAAAAACUUCUCUCACCAAAAGAUUUUAAUUUUUAUUCUAGGUGCUCUGAAUUUUCUGCGAGUGGGUAUGUGUGACCAGGCCUGGAAUUGUAUAAGAUGCGGACACAAGGUUUUUGUCUUAUCUACUAUGUAGAUGAUUUAUUGGUCUGACUUGAUAGCAAAUUGUUUUUUGAUUCAGCCUGUAAAUUUUCUGUUCUUAGUGACAGUUCCUGUUGAUUUGUGUAACAUGUUUACCUACCGUCCUGGUGACAAUUCAAGUAACAGCUUAUCCGAAUUGUUUGUUUAGAUGUCUAUUACUGUUAGUGUGAAUGGUUAGAUAUGUUCUCACUGCUGGAAUGCUUGAAAAUGGACAUGGGUAUAAAUUUGUUUGGCUCGUAUUCCUGUCUUUGCUUUUCAUUAAAUAGCUAGUCCCCUACACUACACUGUCAUGUUACAUACAGUGGAAUUCAGUUGUAUCAAACAUUUACAUACUGGCAUUGUAUAACUGUUUACAACACAACAACAUAUAUAUGUCCAAUUAUUUUUUAAGUUGAGGUUCAAAAUUUAUCUUGUUUUUGCACUUUGAAGUUUUAGUCUUAGUUGAUAAUUCUGACAUAUCAAAUAUUCAAGUACAGGUUGAAAAUAAAAGCAAAAUUUGACAAAUCUGGGCUUACUGUUAAUUUUAAAAAACCAAUAAGGAUCAGAGCUGGGAUUUUCCGUAGUUUAAUCGCAGCUUUAGUUCUUAGGGACAAAAAAUAUUUGCAUGUUGAAUGACUUUAAAAAGAUAAAACAAAGAGCUAUGUUGUGAGACAACGGUAGAAAAAGAACCCUUCUGGGCAGGAAAAUACUUGUAAUCAACUUUUGCUUACCUAUCACUGGCCCAAGUAUUAAACCUAUGUACAUUUGAAGUCAUAUUUAUGAGCCCAAGUAUUUAAAUGUGAAUGGAUUCCACUGUGUAUCAUUAUUUGCUCCAGCUGAUGAGUUGGAAGUGUGCCUUGUAGGUUGUAAAAUGGUUUAGGAGUUAAUUUUAAAAUAUUAACUUAAUGUCCCUCUUUGUUUAUAUUCUUCUUCUAUCACUCGAUGUGCAAUUUUCACAUGUCUAUCAUAUUUUUGAUACUUCAUGGAUGUCUGUAUUCAACAGCAGCCAAAGGUUUUGUGUAGGAAUCUUUCUUCUUUGUAUGUUACUGAUAUUUAAAGAUAAUUGUAAAGGGUAAUUUACAUACAAUUUUCAUUUUGUGUUGUGGAUUCAAGGUUAAUCGAUGCUUUAGGAAUCAGCUUGAAUGUAAAGUCUGAGGGUUUUAUAACAUGUAAGGAGUUACAAGAAACUGCAAUAGACUUUGUUGAACAUGAAGCUCUAUAGCAUAAAAUACUAUCAUCAUGAAAGGAUUUCAAAUCCAUCUUUUUUCCCCCCUCUUUAGUCUAUCAUUGCAACUUCCCUUUACCCCAAAUCAGCUUAACACAAAGAAAUUUUCCAGUUCCUUGAAACCUGUGGUUUAGGAUGUUACUGUACAUGUAUCUAUGUAAAAGUAACUUACUGAAGAGGGCAAAAAAAUGUUCUGGAAGAAACACAAAAGACGAAAGUGGACUCAUAUUAUGAGAAAUAGAUCAGAAGCUGUUAGUGUUGGUCGACAUUGUGUUAAUGUUAAGCGUAAACUCAACCUCAAGGGACAAAGGGACUGGGGGGGAGCUCUUAUGCAAUGCUCUUUGUCAACUGUGCAGCUACAAACUUUCUUACAAGUUAGAUCUUUUAAAAGGCUAGUGUGUCCAUCUUUUUAAAUUUGUCUCUUGCUUGGUAUUCAUGCUUCUGUGGGACUUACUGCCAGAAUGUUUUCUGCCUCAGACUCAGACCUUUCAUUUCUCCUGCAAGACAUUUAAGUUUGAGAUCUAUAGAAAUAGUUUGCAAAUUUGUUACAGUAUGUUCAAUCAUGGUGGAGGAAUUUAUUUUGCUAUGCGGUUUUAAAGGCUUGCAUUUUAUUUAAGAUACAUCAUAUCAAAUUAUCUUGUUAAGCAGCUAACUGCUUUGAGUUGCAAUCUUUCGUGAGAGAAAAAACAUAAGUGUUUUGAAGAAUGGAGACAACUUGGCUAGUUGUGACAAGGCGAGGCAUACCCAAUACUACUAUGCAAGACAUUUUAUCUGCAUGCUCAUAAAGGCAGAGUUUCAUAAAACCCUUCCACUAUAAAUAAACUGUCUUUACUGGUUUGGGAUUUUGUUUUUUUAAGAAGGUGACAUAACUUGGUUACCAUAUGUGUGUGUGCCUAAAGAAAGGUACCAAAAGUCGCCACAGACCAGUUUGAGCUACAAGCUGAUAUUUAUGACAAAAAAUCACUUUUUUGACCAAACUGUGUUUCCUUAAAAAAAUGAUAGUUCCACCAUUGUUUGUUUACAAUCUGUUAAAAGAGUUUUCAUUGAUUUGACUUCUAAAUAUUUUAUUUUGAGGGUAGGGUAGGUCAUAAAGUAGAUAAUGAAAACUGUUUUUAAAAGGUGUUAUAAAAUCUAUUCUUGAAGCAUGUUUUCUCUUCCCCGCUAUGUUUUACCAUGGAAUUCUAAUUAUGAUAUAUUGAUGUCAAAUAAAUGCCCAAUUGGAAAUGAAUUUUCCAUGAAUAAAUACAUUAGAAUCAACUGAA